AUGGCGACCAAAUCAGCAAUCAGAGCAGGUCCCUCAGGCACACCGCAACGCGCCCGAGGCCGACCAGCCGGCAAAACAACCACCACCGACUCACCGGCGCGCAAGUCCACAGCGGGAAAAACCAAACCAACGACAUCACCCCGAGCAAAGAAAGCCGGAAAGCGGCCUUCAAACGUCCAACCCGGAGACCCAACCCCAACAGGCCGCCGCCGCCGCUACAAGCCGGGCACGGUAGCCCUAAAAGAAAUCCGCCGGUACCAACGCUCCUACGACCUAUUGAUCGCCAAACUCCCAUUCGCAAGACUAGUCCGCGAGGUCGCGCUGGAUCUGCUCCCCGCCGACGUGGGCGCGGAGCUACGGUGGCAGUCGCACGCGAUCCAGGCGUUACAGGAAGCGGCAGAGGCGUUCCUGGUGCAUUUGUUUGAGGAUACGAAUCUGUGUGCGAUCCAUGCGAAGCGGGUGACUAUUAUGCAAAAGGAUAUUCAGCUUGCGCGCAGGAUUCGGGGAGCGUGGGGGGGUCUUGGUUGA